AAGCCCAGGAGGCGGCUGCAGUGAGUGAGUGUUCCGCAAGACACGUGUGUCCCAGCACUACCGCCACUCCGCAAAGUGCUUCAAGUCUCACCAGCAGCCGCCUAAUAAAUGCUGGGGAGCGUCCGGGCUGCCGAGGUGUACAUGCCUGGGCCACUGAGCCAGAGGGGGCCGGUGACAGGGACCUCUCCCCAGUGACAGAGCUGUGAGAGCUUCCCAUGCCAGGGCACUGUUCUGCUGCCACUCUGACCACAGCUGUGAGGCUCUGACCCAGCUGCUGCCAUGGUGGACAGGGGUCCUCUCCUCACCUCUGCCAUCAUCUUCUACCUGUCCAUAGGGGCAGCCAUCUUCCAAGUCCUGGAGGAGCCCAACUGGAAAAAAGCCACUAAGGAAUUUGAUGAGAGCAAAAGUAAAAUCCUGGACAAGUACACCUGCCUGACCCUGAGGGACCUGGAGGACAUCCUGGAGGCGGUGUCCAAUUCAGCUGGUCAGGGGGUCACCAUCACCGGAAAUGCUACCUUCAACAACUGGAACUGGCCUAAUGCAGUCAUCUUUGCCGCAACGGUUAUUACCACCAUCGGUUAUGGAAAUAUAGCCCCUAAGACGUCUCCUGGGCGCCUGUUCUGUAUAUUCUACGGCCUGUUCGGGGUUCCGCUCUGCUUGACUUGGAUCAGCGCACUAGGAAAGUUUUUUGGAGGGCGAGCCAAAAGACUGGGACAGUUUCUCACCAAGAGAGGCGUUACACUGAGAAAAGCUCAGAUCACUUGCACGGCUAUCUUCAUCUUCUGGGGGGUACUGGUCCACUUGGUGAUCCCUCCGUUUAUCUUCAUGAAAACCGAAGGCUGGAGCUAUAUUGAGGGCCUCUAUUUCUCCUUUGUUACGAUCACCACUAUUGGCUUCGGGGACUAUGUGGCAGGUGUGAAUCCGAAGGUAAAUUACAGUGUCCUGUACAGAUAUUUUGUGGAAAUUUGGAUUUACCUUGGACUUGCCUGGUUAUCCUUAUUUGUGAACUGGAAGGUUAGCAUGUUCGUGGAGGUACACAAGGCCAUUAAAAAGCGCCGCAAAAAACGGAAAGAGUCCUUUGAAAAAGACCCUCGCCACAAAAAGAACAAGCAAAUUCCAAUGGCGAAUCCAAAGGACAUCAACAUUCUAAGCUUCCUUUCUAGAAAGGAGGAAACGUACAAUGAUCUGAUUAAGCAGAUUGGCAAAAAUGGUUUAAAGACUGGCAACGAGCGAAUACUUAACGGCGAACAUCCCAACCAUGCACAAAACAAGAGCAAAGAGAUGAUGGUGAUGUACAGUAAAAGCAAUGGGCUGGGAUAUGAUUCCGUAACCUUCUCAAAUGGUCUACAGAGAGACCAUGGCACAAGGCGCCUCCAGGACAAGGAAGCCACAAUCUUCAUCAAUCAGUUAGACCGGAUAAGUGAGGAAGAAGGCGAGCCAUGGGAGACCAAAGAUUACAAGCCUUUCAUUUUCCAGAAUGCCAACAUUACUUUUGUUAACGAGGAGUAUGAGGAAGAGUGUGACCUCUCUGAGGACGAGGAAAAAUCUAAAUCUUCCAUAGAGGAAAAUAAUGAGGACCCUGAGACUCCCACUCGUCUUGAUGAGUUUACUUGUCUAGAUGAGUCUUCUUUUUCCAGCAAUGAUACAGAGGUGUGUGUGCCGUAUACACAACUUCUGAAUGACUACAAUACAAUUCAUAAUAAAGGAGACACGUGAUCCAGAUUAAAUGGACAAUACGAGGACUUGCUCUUCUUUUAAAGAACAGCCUAAACUUUUUUUACUUUUUUUUUUUUUUUUUUUUUUUUAAUUCUUGAGAAUAGCCAUUGGACAUACUUGAUUUGCAGAUGGUCAAUAUUUAAGCCCAUGAUUACAAAAACAUUGAGUUCUUUGUGUAUGGCAGGGACUUCCAGAAGGUUCUGCAAUGACUAGCAGAAACCAUUAGUGUUUGAGUGUUGGUACAUUCUUACACUGGACUGAUUGCUGUAGGAAGACGCCCUGUUUGAUUGCUUUCUCUUAAGGCCAUGAUGUGGAUUGAAAUCUCCAUCCACAAAAAGACUAUGUAGGCUAAUAUGACGCUCUACACUCCUGCCUUAAGGGUCCAUGUUAUUUCUCAUAUAACAAUACUUGAAUUUAUUAUGAUUGUUUUAAGACUUCUGUAAAUAUGUAGGGUUUUUUUUGUUGUUAUUUAGUCGUAUGGUCUUCUGACAAAAAUAUCAAUGUAUACUGUUUAUGUACUGGGAUGUCUAUAUAUUGAGUCUUUGGUAGCUCUAAUUUAUUUAAAGGGACAUGGUCACCUAGGAGGUCUUUUCAAAUAUCAUGUAUUCGUAGAUGGUUAUUGCACCCGUACACUUCAUAAAUCAUGGCUUGCCGUGAAACCUGCACUAGAUCAGUUUUGGGACCAACCAUGUGGUAAUUUUUUGCUUAUCCACUAAUGGUGACUACUCAGACGUGGCCACAAAUCCAUCCGUGGAGCUGGUUGAUGACUGUUGUUGAGUUUUAUAGUCAACAGAAAGAUUAUUGUUGCUGCUCACUUGGGAAUACAUGAUGUCUCAUUCAUUUUACUUGAUCCCCUUUUUCUACCGGACUACUAAACCAAAAUUCAAGUUUCUUUAUAUGAAAGAGCUGCUUAUAGUGUUCUCUAAUAAAUAUGUGAAACUUUCCAUACAGGGGGAUAUCAUGGGGGUAUGGGCGGUGGAAGAGCUGAUCCAAGACAAAUGCCUUUGUACGUGAGGCUACAAAAUGUGACUUAUGGGGGAACAGCGCUUUCACUGCAGGUUUGACUAUAAUGUGAACUGGAAUCUUUAUGUACUGAAUGUUGAGUGACUUGCAUUUGGCAUCAAUUUUAGUUAAGGGUCCUAUGAGCUCCCCAGCUUGGCCUUUUGCUUGGGUCUUUUUUUUUUUUUUUGGUUUGCACAGUUGGGUACUGUAUAUUAAACUUGAAGAUAAAUUAGAACCAACACCUGUUUAAGGGACAGAAAGGAGUCGGGAGUUUCCUCCUCAUAAAUUCAUUUAAUAAAUGAAACCACUGUUCCUAUCUCCAGUACGUUCUGUGAAUCUGUACGUAUAUUUAUAUGCAUCCAAUUAUCAUCCAUUCCAUUUCUGUUAAAAAGGAAUGUUUUAUAUUUGUUAAAAAAAAAAUGAUUUUUUUUUCUAGAUUUUUAGAAAUUCCAGAUAAAAUUCUACGUUGCUAUUUUCAUACUCUCUUUUGCCACACUCCGAACCAAAGCUAAUACAGGUUGAGUAUCCCUUAUCCAAAAUGCUUGGGACCAGAGGUAUUUUGGAUAUCGGAUUUUUCCGUAUUUUGGAAUAAUUGCAUACCAUAAUGAGAUAUCAUGGCGAUGGGACCUAAAUCUAAGCACAGAAUGCAUUUAUGUUUUAUAUGCACCUUAUACACACAGCCUGAAGGUAAUUUUAGCCAAUAUUUUUUUAUAACUUUGUGCAUUAAACAAAGUGUGUCUACAUUUACACAAUUCAUUUGUUUCAUAUACACCUUAUAUACACAGUCUGAAGGUCAUUUAAUACAAUAUUUUUAAUAACUGUGUAUUAAACAAAGUUUGUGUAUAUUGAGCCAUCAGAAAACAAAAGUUUCACUAUCUCACUCUCGCUCAAAAAAGUCCGUAUUUCGGAAUAUUCCGUAUUUCGGAUAUUUGGAUAUGGGAUAGUUUAACCUGUAUAGGUCAACCUGAUGUUUGUAGGUUUCUGACAAUUUUUGGUUGAGCUGGUGUUCCCCAUAUCUACAUAAAGUGUCAUUCAUAUGCUCAUGUUCUUGACCCACAUGCCUAGAGGACAUGGCAUGUUUUACUUAUAAGGAUAUUAUUUGUCAGAAGUUGACUGUUUUAUUGAUAAUCUGUAGAAGAAUGUAUGGUGUUGGAAAUGUUGAUGGAAAUUCACAACAAACUAUCAGGAGUUAACCUAUAUUCUCCAUUCUCGUCCACCGGUUUUCCCAAAACCUCAUAUUUUGGAUGUUUUCCCUUAAUCGUGGAUAAGAAUUAAUCAAUCUCAUCCAGUUGAUUAUAUCCCACACAGCCUCAAAUACUAGUAUUUUUAGAACCCGUCUUAAUUUAUAGAGAAAGAUUUUGAUUACGAGGAAGCCUGGCAUGACCAUUGGGGUUUGUAAUUUAAUUUUUUUUUUAUUUUUUAUAUUUUUUUGAGAAGGUAUUGGAAUUGACUUGAUCAAUUAUAGAGAAGUAUUUUAAUUUUUUUUUUUUUCUUCUAGACUCUAUCUGGUAUGAGGUUAAAUUGAAAUUGAACCUGCCACAGGGGGCACUGUUGACUCAUCACUGUCAAAAGCCCCUUGGUAUUCUUGGUUCAGUGUUCUUGGUCAGCCAUAAAUGAAUGCAUCUUGACAUUUAGAGAACUAAAAAGCUUUUAUGAACUAUAGGUGUGUUUUUUAAUAAAAGUAUGUAGCUUGAUCACUAUGACCUGCUGCUACCGCCAUUUGUACUUUUUUGUUUUGUAAACUCCUUUUUUUGUAUUUGUGUGUAUGUAUGUAUAUGUGUGUGUGUAUGUGUAUGUAUAUGUAUGUGUGUGUAUAUAUAUAUAUAUAUAUAUAUAUAUAUAUAUAUAUAUAUAUAUAUAUAAAUAAAAUUUCUUGCUGUCAUUUUGAUCAGUCGUUCUGCAACAUGCAAAUGUUGCUAUAAAUGUGAAUGGUUGUUGAGUACGACUACUAACCUCUUAUCAGAGAUGGGAGCCGCAUCGUACUGUGGCAAAGGAACUUGGGAGACAUAUCUAGCCUAAAGAGGAUGGAUUAUAGCCAUCAUUAUUGUUUGAUGUAUUAGCAAAUGAUAGCUAGAAUCUGAUUGGCUGCUAUGGGCAACCCAUCUACUUUUCCUCUUUGAAAUGUUUGCUGGGUGUGGUAUAGACAAGUUAAAAGAUAGUCAUUAGGUUGACACCAUACAUUCCACAGGGUCAAAAAAAAAAAAAAAAAGUUGCCUUUUUUCUUUUUUUUUAACCCAAGUUUGUUGAAAUGCAUCCCCUUGCGGGCUCGGUUUGCUCUCCAUGCUUCGGGCUUGGUUACUAGAGGUCGAUCAUAUGGUGUCCGACCUAAUGACUGUCUUUCUUUUCACUGUCAGUCUAUACAUUGGACCCAUGUUUGCUGAAUUUCCCACCUUAAUGGGCUGUGUGGUGGUCUUGUAUCACUAUUGCGAUCCCCUGCCCCUGAAUUUUAACGUGGCCUCUCUGUUUUCAAAGCUCCUAGAUGGUUGACGGAUUGCAGUGGUGUAUAAUAGAGGUCCAGGAUAGUUAAUGUAGCGAUAGGCUCUAACUGGAUGCAAGUGAUAUUGCGCGUAAUCUACUUAGGAGUAUAUUUACUAAAAUGUGGAUUUACAGAAGUGGAGAUUCAGCAACCAAUCAGAUUCUACGUAGAAGAUAAUAGCUGGAAUCUGGUUACUACGGGGCAACAACUCCUCUUCUGUAAACCCACACUUUAGUAAAUAUAACCUUUAGUAGGGGAGGGUGUUCUAUAGAUGACGAGUCUGUCUGAUUAUUAAGGUCCUGGUUCGGCUUCAACCAGCAGAUACUUGCCGUAUAGGACCCCAAUGACUGUGGGGAGGUGAUCGGCUUACGAACGAACAGUAAAGAUCAAAACCUUAGCUAUUGCUAUUAAGUUUAUGUUGAAAUUAGCAAUUCAUUCUACAUAUAUAAAGCAUUUUGAAAAGAAUUGGAAAUAGGUCUUCCCACUUUAAUCUGCACUCUAUGCGAUGCUGCAUUUUGAAUCGUCCCAGGGAAACAAUUGAACAAUGCAGCCAAUAGGGUUACACUAGAGGGCUGAGCCGCUGGCUGAUGCAGUACUGGGUGGGGGGGGGGACACACAGGGGACAGGUUAGUUUAAACUGUGUUGUUUAAUGCCAACAAUGAAAUUUGCAACCGUGUGAUACAGCUAGUCUCUUCCCGCUGAUGCUCUGUGAUCAGCAUGGGAAAUGUAAGUGUCAGGACUGCUUGCCAAAUGAUCUUCAAUGGUUUGCAAACCCUGCUAUGAGGUACUACUUUUAUUGCUAUUUUAUAAUAUUGUCAGGUUUUCAGUAAGUCUACUGAACUGGUGGGAUCAUUAAAAUUAUAACUGUGUAUAUACAAUGUUUUUUUUCCCCAUCUGUUUUGGACCAUUAACUCCUCCUUUUUCUUUUAUUUUUUUAUUUAUUUUUAUUUUGAUCCACUGCUACAGGACCUCCUUGCUGUACUUUGUGAACUACACCACUUUGUACAGCGGCCAGACAUGGUUUUUAUAGAAUUGAUCUGCUCUUUACCUGACCCCAGUAUAAAUACUUUCUCAAGUGGUUUGUAGUCUUUGACCAUAUUCUCCUUUGAUGUAUGUUCUUUGUAUCACUGGACUCACUGUAAUGUAAAUAUCUGCUACUGCAUUGUAAAAAAGUGUAAUUUAUUU